AUGGGAAAUGAUGGUGGAAGUUUCUAAACCAGAACUGAUUUAGUGAAAGAAAAACCAAAAGAGGUUAAAAUCGAUAAUACAAUAUUAGCAAAAUUUAGAGCGAGACUAUGUACAUUGUCAAAGCAGAGAUUGAAAAAGCCUAUUGUAAUGUGUAGGUUAGGAAAUUUUUACAAUUUUGAAGAAAUAUUGAAGAAUUUGAUGGAAAAAUCAAUGCCCUCUUCAUUUGCACAUAUUAAAAAAGCUAAAGAUGUAAAAGAAGUUAAAUUAGAACCUAAUCCAGAUUAAAAAUCUGAAUAUCCAUAUAUUUGUCCUCUUAGUUAAAUUGAAUUUAAUGGAUUAAAUAAAUUUGUUGGUUUAUGGGAUUGUGGAUGCGUUUUCAGUGAAAAGUUAAUUUAAAAUUUAAAAGGAGACAGUAAAAAAUGCCCUGUUUGCUCCAAAUCCUAUUCAUCUAAAGAUGUCGUAUAAUUAAAUAUGAGCGUAGAAGAGUAAGAGAAAAAAAAAAUAGAAAUACUUUCUGAAUCUUCUAAAAAAGAUAAGAAAAGUUCUCAAAAAGACGAGAAGAAAAAUCAUGCUUCAGGAGAAAAGGUUGAAAAGAAAGUUAAAACAGAGAAGAAUUCAUCUUUGACAAGUUCAGGUGUUUCUACCCUUGGAUCACACAAGGCAGCCUUGAUUGAAUAAUUAACUGAAACCUAAAAAGAGUAGUCUUAAGUAUUUAAGAGCUUGUUCCACACAGACAAAGACUUGAAAAAAGACGAUAAUUUAUUUACUCGUAAUGUUAGAUUUGGAAUUAGAUGA